CCCCAAGCCGCACAACCCCAAAACACCAACAGCGACGAUGGCGUGUUGUGCUGCUUGGAGCGCUGUUGCGCUGCUGGUGGUGGCUCUGCUUGCACCACACACAAGCGCCUACAACAAUGGCGUUGGGCGCCUGCCUCCAAUGGGCUGGAACACGUGGUGCACGGACGAUGCAUGCGGUGCACUGGAUUACUGCAGCGAGAAGGAGGUCAAGUCUGUUGCCGAUGGCAUUGUGGAUCAAGGCCUCGACAAGCUCGGCUAUCGCUACAUCAGCCUGGACGAUUGCUGGUCGGCCCACACGCGGAAUGCCACUGGCCACCUGCAGCCCAACCCAGUCCUUUUCCCAAGUGGCAUGAAGGCACUCGCAGACUACAUCCACAGCAAGGGCCUCUACAUCGGCCUCUACACUUGCAUCGGCACUGAGACGUGCCGCCGCCACCGCCCAGGCUCGUACGGCCACUACGAGAAGGAUGCCAACACCCUGGCGGAGUGGGGCAUUGACCUCGUCAAGACAGACAACUGCAACAGGCCGAAGAACGAGACGGAGGAGGAGCAGUUUACGGCACUCUCCAACGCCCUCAAUGCAACCGGCCGCCCCAUCCUCUUCUCCCUCUGCGAGUGGGGCGAGGACACUGUGGAGGACUGGGGGUUCAAGAUCUCGCAGAUGUGGCGCAUCCAGGUAAGGGACAGGCCGCAAUGCGACAAAAACACACACACACACACACACACACACACACACACACACACACACACACACACACACACACACACACACACACACACACACACACACACACACACACACACACACACACACACACACAUUUACAACCACAACCACAACCACAACCACAACCACAACACCAACGCCACCCUGCGCAGGUUUUCGUUCUGGUCGCUGUGGUCUGCGCCGCUGCUUGUCGCCACAGAUAUGCGCAAUCUCAGCGCCGACAAGAAGGCGAUUCUCACAAACGAGGAAGUCAUUGCCAUCGACCAGGAUCCCCUGAGCGUGACCGGGAAGCGGCUGUUCAACAACACGGACGGCGGGCAGGCGUGGUGGAAGCCGCUCGUGCAUCACGACAUGGCUGUCAUCCUCUACAACUCGCACAACCGCAACAACAUCACCGUAACCGUCACAUGGGACCAGCUUGGGCUGAACCCGAACAAGUCGUUUGAGGUGCGUGAUCUGUGGCAGCAGAAGUCGCUCGGCAACUUCACGGGCUCGUUCACGUCUCCCGCCCUCGUCCCGCACGACUGUCAGAUGCUCAAGUUCUUCAUCGGGCCAAACCCGUGA